AUGGAUUCAGAUGAAAUUAUAAGGUCAGAAGCUACAUUUAUCAACCACAUCGUUGAAGACAUUGUAGUCCUAGUGCUAAACCGCACAUAUUUGAAUGUGGCUAAGUACCCAUGGGAAUGGUCGCCGCAUAUAGUUGGGAUAUGGGGGACAUCUGGAAUAGGUAAGACAACAAUUGCGAAAGCUGUUUAUAAUGCAAUUGCUCAUAAGUUCGAAGGAUGUUGUUUCUUGGCAGAUGUUAGAGAAAAUUCAAUGCCACAUGGAGGCUUAAUCCAACUACAGGAGACUCUUCUUCAAGAGAUUCUAGGUGGCAAAAAGUUGAAAAUUGUUAGUGCUGAUAAAGGUAUCUCUAUUAUACAAAAAUUGCUAAGGCAUAAAAGGAUUCUCUUAAUUCUUGAUGAUGUGAAUCAAUUGGAGCAAUUAGACAACUUGGCUGGAGUUGGUUGGUUCGGUGAGGGUAGCAGAGUCAUCAUAACUACACAAGAUAGCGGAUUGCUAAAAUGUUAUGGAAUUGAGUUGAUAUAUGAGGUCCAGAAGUUAUAUGACAACCAAGCUCUUGAGCUUUUCAGUUUGAAUGCCUUUGGAAGAAAUGAACCUCCAAAUAAUUAUUUGGAACUCGCAAAACGAGCAAUAGCCUAUGCUCAAGGCCUUCCACUAGCUUUAACACUUUUAGGUUCCCAUCUUCGUAAUAAAGGUAUACAUCGUUGGCAAGCCAUAUUAGAUGGUUAUGAAGGAGAACCUUAUACAGGUAUACAGAAAAUACUUCGAAAAAGUUAUGAUGCAUUAGAUAAUUCAGUGCAACAAGUUUUUCUAGACAUGGCGUGUUUCUUCAAGGGUGAAGAUAAGGACUAUGUGAUGCAAAUACUAAGUUCUAAGCACAAGGCUUCCCAAGAUUGUAUUGAAGUCCUGGUUGAGAAGGCAAUGAUAACUAUUCAAUAUAAUAGGAUUUUGAUGCAUGACUUGCUAGAAAAAUUGGGCAAGGAUAUAGUUCACGAAGAGUGCCCCAUUGAGCCUGGCAAGCAUAGUAGAUUGUGGUUUCAUGAUGAUGUUUACCAUGUUCUAAUAGAAAAUAGCGGAACAAGAAAAAUUAAAGGCAUCAUGGUGAAGUUUCCCAAGCCAGAUGAGAUACCCCUUGAAUGCAAAAAGCUUCUUCGGGAUGGUAAAUCUUGAAAUUUUCAUAAACUGUAAUGCAGUUCUAUCCGGAUAUGUUGAAUAUCUACCCAACGAGUUGAGG